AUGAAUUAUUUCUAUGGUGACGCCAAUGUCGAAUAUUGUGUUCCAGAAGAGUUCUUGCAGGCCUAUAAAUAUGUUGAAGACAAUUUUCAUACAGUAGAAGGAAGCAAUAGUGCAGAUAUAGUUGUUGGGUGCUGCUGUGAAGGUGACUGCUCCGAAAAAGACUGUAUCUGUCUUGCUCAAAGUUCAGAGAAUUACAACCGAGACAGCACUCUUGUAUUUAUCGAUGAUCUCCUAACUGAUCCGUAUUUUUCAAAGGCUGUUUUUGAAUGCAAUUCAUGCUGUAUUUGCUCUGCAUCGUGCCGAAAUAGGGUCGUACAAAGAGGAUUGAAGUUUCGUCUUCGAGUUUGUGAGACUGCCGGAAAAGGCUUUGGUGUAAUAGCGGUAGAAAAUAUUGCAAAGGGAAGUUAUGUUAUUGAUUAUGCAGGAGAGUUGCUGUCUAUGGAUGAGGCAAGAAAGAGAAUAAUUACCAAAAAGGAAGAUGAAAGUAACUAUUUGCUAACAGUUUGUGAAAAUUUCGGAGACAAAUCAGUUCAAACUUUUAUAGAUGCUGCUAAAUUUGGUAACGUGUCAAGGUUUAUAAACCAUUCUUGUUCCCCAAACCUUCUGCUUCAUCCAGUGCGAGUAGAAACUUCCAUUCCGAGGCUGGCAUUAUUUGCUAAACGUGACAUAUUGGUAGGUGAGGAGCUUUCAUUCGACUACGGUGGCGGAGCUCCAAAUCAGCGCAGUUCGAGUGGGACUAAAAACAUAGUAUGUUGCUGCAACGCAGUUAAUUGCCAAGGUUUUUUGCCAGCAGAACCGUUGAACUAG